GUAGACGAAAGCAGCUGAAACUUGUUUUUUUCUGAACCAAAUUUGGCAAUAUUAGGACCUGUACCAAGUUUGAUUUAAUAGCGUGUACUUUUGUAAACCGGAAAUUUGUCUGAUUGACAAAGAAACCAUAUAACAGUGAUUUUAAUAAAUAUUAUUUUAGAAUUAAAAUUUAGUAUUUUUUUGUUGUCAUUCAGUACACUUUUAGCCAAUAUGUUCUGAAUUUUUUUCAAUAAAAACUGUAAUGGACAAGAAUAUUGUCUUGUUAAUCUGUUGUUGAAGGCUGCUUAAAUCAGAAUUGCUUGUCGGAAGGUUCAUCAGUAUUCAAUGUGUUGGAAUUAUUCAAUGAAAGAAAUGCAGGAAAUAAUUCCUGGUUUAUUUCUUGGUCCUUGUACUGCUGCAAGUAAAGCAAAAUUGCAGGAACUGCAAGAAAUUGGUAUCACUCAUAUAGUAUGUGUGCGGCAUCAUUUAGAAGCUAAUUUUAUAGAGCCACAGUUUCCAGACAAGUUUGUAUAUACUGUUUUAGAUAUUGCUGAUGCUGCAACGACAAACAUUAUUCCAUUUUUUCCUCAGGUGAAACAGUUUAUAGAUAGUUGUUUUAAAAAAGGAGGGAAAGUCCUUGUGCAUGGUAAUACAGGUGUAUCCAGAAGUGCAUCACUAGUCAUUGGUUACAUAAUGGAAACCUUUUGCCUGCCAUACAGAGAUGCCUUUACAUUAGUAUUAAAUAAGAGACUUUGCAUAUGUCCAAAUGAAGGUUUUAUGCAACAGCUAAAAGAAUAUGAACCCAUUUAUAAAGCCCAAAAGACACUAUUAAAUGGCCAUACAUCCAAAGUUACAGGAAAAUUAAAAAGGAAGUAUGAUGAAUCAGAAGACUCUGACUGUUUAAACAAUCAAAUGGAUGUGUGUGAUGAAUCUAACAUUUUAUGAGACUGUUCCUUCGUAUGGUAAUAAAUGACUACCAGUUCAUUUUAUGUACCUGAAUCUGAUUUAAGAGCUUUGGUGGAUCUUCCAAUUUUUGUGAUGUCUUAUUUAUAAUUUCGUACUAAAAUGUUUCACUAAUCCCUUAGGUGCUUUGUUUGUGUUGAUGAAAAUAUGCACCAAGGAAUAUGUUUUCAUAUUGUGUGGAAACAUCACCUAUUAGUGUGUGCAGAUGUUUUAUCACUUUUGUAUGCCAAAAAUUGUUUGAAAAUCGUGCAUUUCUAGAUAAAAUAGAGGUUUACAAAAAGUAUUUUUUUAUGAAGAAGCUCAGAUUUUGUAAUCUAAGAAUUGCACAUUAUAAGAUCCACAAGUUCAUUAUUAAAAAUGAUUUUUUAGUCUGAUAUGAGUCAAAUAUUUGUAUAGAUCAGACAUCUCCUAACGGAAUUAAAUGAAAUGUAUUUCCCUUUAAAAAAAUAUUGUUAAAAAUAUUUAGCAUUUGCAAAUAAUAUGCGGAAAAUUGAUAUGAUUUAAAGAAAUUCAUGGUUCAUCAAAUUACCACAUGCUUUUUUAAUUAUGUUAUGUUUUUAUGACUUUAUUGAAAUUCAUGUUUUAUACAGUUAUGUCAUACUAAUUCAAUUAAUUAUACAUCCUUAAAAUUUCAUGUUUAAGCAAUUUAAAUUCCAUUAUGGCAUUAUUUUGAAGAGCAUAUUUUGUGAGUGAAUCAGUGUUCUAUAAAAUAUUUUUUUUAAAAAGGCUUUAAAAAGGCUUUGAGAAAUUUGUACUGCUUUUUCAAAUAUUGUCUGCAUUUAUUAUUAUUAUUAUUUUGUUUGUAAAUUUUAUAUUUAAGAAGGAAAUUAAAAAUCAGAGCAUAUGUUUCAUAAUAUCAUAUGGCCAUUUACUCAUAAUAUAUGUAUUUUCAUUUAUAGUGUAUAUCAUAAUUAGGCCUAUAAAGUAAUAUCUAGUACAAUACAAAGUCCGUAAUUCGGACGUCCAUUAUCCGGAAUGAUAUAUAAUCCGGACCUCAAAGCCACAAACUUACACAUGCGCGCGUCCACUACGCAUGCGCAUACAGAGAAGAGAUGCUGUUUACAGAAGAGAGAAUUAAAGAAAAAACGAAGCAACUUAAACAACUUAAGAAAUGUUUAAUAAAGUAAACAAAUAAAUAUCAAGUUUUUUUGUAAAUUUUGAUACCCUUUAGAUCAUAAUUGCUCUU